AUGUUCAGACUGGUGAUACAAUGCAAGUGUGUGAGAUCAGAAGGUUUCCCCUCUGGUAAUUUCUUGCUUGUGGACAACUUUUCAACCAGCUGUCAAUGGCGAGCACGGAAAAAGGUCAGCCAGUACAGCACAGUGGACACAGAGCGGUAUUCAUAUCUGGUGCGAGAGGUGUUGUCGUCAAAAACCAGCUCCCAGACUCCUGAAAGCAUCGAGGAUGAGGACUGUCAGCUGUAUGGACCUAUAAUAAGAUCAAGACCGCCUUCACAACAGCCCAAAGUACCUAAAAACCUGCAUCCACUGUUAAAUGAGGCCAAAAAUCAGUCGGAGUAUGUGCCAGGAGAUUUGGCUCGUAUAACAUUAAAGAGAGACUCAAAGACAUCUACACCCAGUGUGACCCGAAUCCUUCAGAAGACCAUGCUGCCUGACCAAGCCUUUUACCUGGAAAGAAAUAACGUUCUGAUUAAUCUGUGUUAUGUUUAAGAUAUUUUCAGACAAGGAAAGCUGUUCCAUGCUGCCAUUGAAGACACUUUCACCCAGGAAACCUUGUCUAAGGAGGACCACGAGUGUCCAGCAGAGGUGUCCGGAUAUGUAGAGAGUGUAUCUAAUGUGUUGAAUGAUAUAACAGGAGUGAGAGCUAUUGAGAGUGCUGUGCACCAUUCUGCAUUACAGUACCUUGGCAUUGUAGAUUGUGUUGCCCAAUACAGAGGUUCACUGUGUGUCAUUGACUGGAAGACCUCAGAGAAGCCUAAGCCCUUCCUUCGACAAACUUAUGACAAUCCAUUACAAGUAGCUGCGUACAUUGGAGCUUUGAGCUGUGACCACAACUACCAGUCUUCCAUCUCUUCCAUGUCAUUUAUGUACAAGUAG